UGUAGUUUAAAGAUCUGCGGUCUGCGGCAGAGUUAUAGCAAACCUCAACGCCGCCUGUUAGCUGUGCUACAAUAGUAUGUUCACGUAAACAACACCGAAGGAUGUGAAUUUGAAGGUUUUCUUUUCAGAUACUGUCCUUUUUGUUUACAAUGGCGCAACCGGCAGAGAAAGCGCAUUAUCGCUUUGUGGUGCUGUUCUUCAACUGUCUGCUGACAUUCGGCUCCUACUUCUGCUUUGACAUCCCCAGUGUUUUGCAGGAUCAGUUCCAAGGGAACCUGACAUGUCCCAAUGCAACAGUGAUCAAUGGGACAGUGGACUGUGUGUUGGGACUGGGGAUGAGCCCCCAGCAGUACAAUCUUCUUUAUGCUAUCUACGCUUGGACGAAUGCAGUUGUGGUGAUCAUGGCUGGGUUCCUGAUUGACAAAUUAGGAAACCGAUUUGGAGUGUUUCUAUUCUCUUCUCUGUGUGUUUUGGGCUCGUCACUGUUUGCACUGGGCUCCCACUUUAAAGGAACUCCCUAUCUGCUGCCACUUAUGCUCACAGGCCGACUGCUGUUUGGGUCAGGCAAUGGAUCUCUGACCAUUGUUCAGAACCGCAUCACGGCCUUCUGGUUUAAAGGGAAAGAGCUGGCCUUGGCUUUUGGACUGACCCUGGCUUUUUCUCGCCUGGGCUCAGUCCUGAACUUCUUCCUCACACAGAAGUUUGAAGAAAAAUAUGGCAUGCAAUGGACACUCUGGGGCGGUACCCUACUGUGUGUGCUGGGCUUUAUGUCUGCCAUUAUAGUCAGUACCCUGGACAAAAUCGGGAUGAGGCAGCUGGGUCUUGAUGGCACCAUCCAAGAGGAGUCCCGCAAAGUGAGGAUUCAGGAUGUGAAGCUCCUGUCGGUGAGAUACUGGCUGCUUGUUCUGACCAUUAUGUUCUUCUACAAUGGCAUCUUCCCAUUUAUCGCGGAUGCCAGUAAGUUCAUUCAGGACAAGUACAGCGGUUACAGUCAGAAGGAGUCUGCCUACAUUGCUGGGGCGGUUUAUGACUGCUCGCUGGUCCUCUCAGCCAUCGUGGGCAUUCUUAUAGAUCAUGUGGGUCUGCGGGGCAUUUUCGCAGUGGCCUGUGCUGUCCUCACACUGCCUGUGUUUGGACUCCUGGCCUUCACGUUUGUCCCUCCUCUCGUCUCCACCAUAUGGCUGGGAGUGACCUACUCCUUCGCUGCUUCGAGUAUGUGGCCGUCUAUUCCCCUCGUGGUGCCUCAGGCGACUCUGGGAACAGCCAUGGGUCUGGCCACGUCUAUACAGAUGGUUGGCAUUGGGGUGUCCAAUCUGGUUGUUGGACAGAUUUUGGGCACCAAAUCUAGUGAAACUAAAAUUCCGUUGUGGCGUUGGCAGAGGAUGAUGAUCUUCAUGUUGGCCAACACCAUCGGCUGCAUCAUCACCUCGGUGCUGCUCAACAUAGUUGACCACAGACAGGGCGGGACCCUGAACAAGACCACCAAGAGGUCGGAGCAGGUGGAGAGAGACUCGGACAGAGAGCCACUCAACCAGGGAGAGGAAGAGCAGAAUGAGGAUGAUGAAGAUGACAGGGCAGUCACAUCUCAUUCGAUCAACUCUUAAGUUUUGUUUCCUUCUGUGUGAACAUUUCUCUCUGUGUUUGUCUUUUUUUGAUAGAUUUUUUUUACAUAUACAAUUUUUCAAAUGUUCUAAACUUAGUUUAUUGCAUGACUCAAUGAAGGCGCAUUUGCAGUUUCUAGAGGCUCUGCAUAGAGACCUCUGUUUAUCAGUUUUAAACCAAAUGGUAUCAAAACAUUGUAUGAAAUGUCAACCGGGUAUUUCAGAUUUUUUAGGGAUAUGUAUAAGUAAAUAGAAGAAUAUGUAAUUCCACAGAAAAAAUCAAACUUUGUCCAGCUUUUUUGAAUACUGACUGUAGUUUAUUUGAUUGAAAACACAUUUUAUCAACCAUAUCAACUGCACUGCCAUAACCGACUGUGUGAAGCUUAUUAAGGUCAGUAAAUAAUAUUAAUAUCAUAUUGAAAUACGUGCUACCAGAAUGUCAUGUCUGUUUUUUGAACGAUUUUGUAUGUUUAGUGUCUCCAUGGCCGCUCACAUGUUUUCGGAUGGCCUGUGCAGCCAUCGCAUUCUGCUGAACACGAUUUGUCAGGAAAGUCUUCAGGGGAUUUCUUCAAAUUGGGCACAGACAUCCACUCAGCCACACGGUUGAACUCCAAAGCUCACUGUGACCUCGCAAAACAGUUUUUGGCUAUAACUCAAAAAUCAUAGGAUAAUUCUGAAACUUUUUUACACAGUAGUCUAAUAGGAUGAAAGGAUGAGAUGAUGACAUUUUGUCUCCAAAAGGACAAAGGUCAGCUUCACUGUGGUGAUUGUAUACUGCUGGGUUGAAGAUGUGUUUGAUGCAUCCAUGUUUCAGAAACCGUGUCUUCUUUGCUGAAACAUUCAUAUUUUAAACAUCCACCACAGCCUCACUGGUUUUGCUGUUGAGCUUCAGGUGACUGUUGUUUCAGCAUGUGAUGCAGCUCUCGAUCAGUCCUGUGUAUUCAAAAUAUUCUCUAAGUGAAGACAGCGUGUUUCUCACUGGAAUCAUACAUGUCAACGUAGUGAUAAAAAAUACACCAAAUAUCUUUUUAUUGAAUUCCUACAAAGUCUUCAUUAUAUGUAUUACAUGAGUUGGUAGAGGCAUCAAUCGAAACUGCAAGGUGGAUUUCCAGUCUUUCUAAUGAAAUGACGCCAUAUUUAUACCUCUGAUUUUUGUGUUUGCAGUUAUAUUUCACUCUGUAAGUUAAGAAGGGAAUAUUUAACAUUGCCAAAACGGUAAAAUAAAAUAUUGCUCACCUUU